CCCAUCCUUUUCUUGCGGUCUCCAUUAUGUAAAGGCCUUCACUGGGUGACCAACCCUAACCAAUGCCGGGAAUAGCUUUGAAAAUUUAACCUGAUGUUCUGAACUGGACUGUAUCUUCAGUUUACCGCAGCUGAUUUACUUUUGACUAAUAUCAAACAAAAACUAUAAUCCUCUGAUACGAUAUCAGUGACUUGGGAAAGACUGCCUUCUUAUCUUUAAUCCGUUUUACAAGUGCGCUAGGAUCAAAGAUUGUUUUUUUCAAGCAAAUGUCAACAGAAAGAAUGAUCUAGCAGGUGAACGGUUCAUUACCUCACGAUUGAAAAAGUGUCAAAAUGUCGAGAUUUCAAGGUUCUAUGACACGUACAGAAAAUUGACCAUUGAUUACAGCUAACAAACAGCAUAACUUUCAUUUGACUGCUGGUUUCGUCACAGAGAACAGUACCUCGCAGUUUCCGUGGUAAGUACGCGGCUUCCUUUUCAGUUACAUAAUCAACUACUUCUAUUUUCUAAAGUGUAUCUCAGUGUUCGUGGCUGAAGCAGCAGUCGGUUAAUUGGUGAGUAGGCUAGUGCUCUGAGCUCGUCUUCCACAUAGGGGUUCGAGUUUUCGUUCCCAGAGGCUCAUAUGUAACUUGUGUUUGCGUUUGCGUUUGUUGAUGAUUCUCGUCCCUGCAAGCGAUUGUCUACAGCAUAAGUUUGGGGCUAAUUGCUUGAACGGCAGAAAUCUUAAUGUGAGAACAGUUGAGGUUCAGCUUGAUUCUGUAGCCGAUACUAAACUACCUGGCAUAAAGAUAGACAACUGUUUUUAAACAACGGUAUCGAAUAUAGGAAAGCGACUUCGCCUUUUGAAAAGAACAGAUACAUUUCUGUGACUGAAAGCUGAGAAGUUUGUUUUACAACUCACUUAUGCAGCUAAUACUUGACUACGGGGGUUAUUGUCUUGGGGUCAUGAAGCAAACCGAAGCCGCACGUCCAAGACGUAAUCAAUUUAAAAAACGAUGCGCCAGAGUAAUCCUAGACAAAAAAUGAGACACCCCCUCGGGGCCUUUAUUUAGAGACCUUAACGUCAUGCCAUGAUUUGAUAAAAGACAAGAACGCGCUAGCAACAUUUGUUAGGAUACGAGUUGUUCCUAGGGACGGGGUUGAGUUGUUUUGGUUGUGGAAACAAAAAUGGCGGACAUUUCAUUCGUUUCAAGAGUAAGAACUAGGCGAAAUAAUAGCUAAAAACAUGGCAAGAACAGCAAGAAGACAACUCGAAGGGCGACAUCUGCUAUUUGGAGAAUAUUUGCGGUGCUGAACAACCCUAAACGUGCACUAUCGAAGAUGAACUUAAAAUGGAUGGAUCGAUGGAGGUAAGCAUGUUUUAGCCAUGUUUUUAAAUUAGGAAUUAUUUUCACUGAAUAAUAAAACAAUUAUAUUAUUAUAUUCGUAUCAUAUGAAGAAUUAUGGAGAUUUCGGAGGGUGUUAUCCACCUCGGCCUACGGCCUCGACGGAUAUAACACCCUCCUCGAUCUCCAUAAUUCUUCAUAAGAUACUCAGCCUCAUUCAUUAAUUGUUAAAUUAAUUUGUAGACCCCUUCAAUGUCAACUUCAUAUGCAGAUACUUCAUUGACGUUCAUUAUACCUUCUGACAAAUAAAAUUACGCUGUUAUAAAAGGCGCUAUGUGACGUACGAUGAUAAAUAGCUGUGCAAGGUCAAUUCUGUGCUGAAGUCACUAUUUGGUAUCUUUACCCAUACACAAGAGGAAUGGACCUGAAGAAUUUUGAAGAAGAUAUUAAGAAAAUUUCAUCAUGGAGCAAUAACCAUAAUAAUUUUUUGGAGCAACUAUUUCAUUAAGUUUCAAUCCGUGUCCAUUCUUUUCAUUCGUUGCAAAAAAGGCCAGGAAAAACUGAUCAAAUCUGUACAUGCAUUUUUUUUACAUCAAGUGAUACAAAAACGUUUCAGCUUUUUAAAAAGAUAGCAAAUAGCGUGACAGCAACUUUGCCUAUGAACAGCUGCUUAACGAUUAUUUAAUGAGGCUUAGUAAGAUGUCAAAAAUGAUGCAGAUGGAGGACUGAGGAUGUUAUCAGCAGAGGGCUGAAGGCCGAGGUGCACGUGGAUAACAUCCUCUGCCUAUUCUUGUAUUUCUUCCGUUCAGACUUGGUCAGAAAUCAGCUAUUUCGUCCUCGGAUAGCCGUCAACGCCAUUUUUUUUAGUUCACUCGUGAACAAACAGCUUUUUGGCGGCUUGGCGAUGGUCUGUGGCCUUAGCAGCCUCGUUUCCAAUCAAUUCCAAAUAUGGUAAGUUCUUAGUUGGUUAUGAAAAAUUUCCCGGGAGAUUGGAGCCAAUCAGAAACGACGACAUAUUUUGAAUGAAUAAUAAUGCAAUCAGAUCUUACCUGUGUAGUAGAAGGGUGUUAUCACAUAACCUACUCCUGUUCCAGCGGAAAAGGCAGUCAAGGCGACUUCACGAUAAAAAGAAGUUAAACCCAAAACUGUCAUCUCACUCAUGCUGUAGCCCACUGAAGCUAUUCCUAAGCCUAUUAGUUUCCAAUAAACUUGUUCGGCUAGAGCAAGAAUUAGUAGACCACAGAGUAAUGCCAAGCCAACCGUGAUAAACCGAGCAAAGUAUGAAAUUUUCUGCACGAAAUAAGGUGCAAUUAAAGUGAAAACAAAACUCGGCAAUAUACACGCAAUUAGAACCAUGGAAGACUGAAUAUAUGUACCAGCUAAGAUAUCUUGGGCAGCAGUAAUGAAUAAGGAAAAACCAUUGUAAAUUAAUGUUCCACAUGCGAAGAAUGCCAUCACUGUAAGCAUAUUUUCGUGAUCCUGUUGAUCACUCUUGCCAGAUUCUGACAUUGCUUUUCUCUCACGGGCCUGGCUAUGGGCUAUAUUUCAAAUUUUGCAAUGGUGCUGUACGUGUGCUUUCAGUUAGAGCAGGGCUCAGUAUCAGCUCAGUGUCUUUAUGCAGUUCUUGUUCAUGCCACAGUAUACUCUUCAAGUGCUGACCACUGAUUGCGUCGGGCUUCUGGUUGAUGAUUCACUGACAAUACUCUUGUGAAGGGUGGCUUGGGGUUUGAGAUUCUUCUGAUGAAAUCGCUCACGGGGCUGGAAGAUGAAAAUCACGAGUCACAAGGAAAUUGAUUGAGGUUUGUGGGUGGGGAGACUCUUGACGUUUUUGGCUGCCAGGCUGUCAGUGUGAAUGUCUCGUUUCCCUGGAAAGAAAAUCAUUGGGGCGCAAAGUUAUAUGGAAACGAAGAGAUCAGAAAACAAAAAAACAAAAAGCAUGGCCCAUAACAUAACCUGAAAACUUUGCAUUAAAACAAAGGGCAGUUGAUUGUGCGUGUAGGCAAAUUGAAGAAUUCAACUAACACAAACCUUUGGUAGAAACCCUUUCUCAACAAUCCACAACUAGACCAUACAAAUUUCUGAGGUUGGGCGACAAAGUAAGCAUUUAACGUGGGAUGCUUUUUUACUAAUAUCCAACGACACGAUGUUGCUUUAAACGAGCAAGCUUGCGAAAUUCUGAGAAGGAUAAAACAAUGAUCGAUCGAUCCCCUAGGGAUGGCUUUUUUCAUGCUUGUCCUAUCAUAAACAUACAGUCGACUCCCGAUAACUCGAACCCUCGCUAACGCGAACCAAAAUCGAUUUCCCCUGAAUUUCCGUCAUACAUUCACUGUAAUUUUACCCUCGGUAACUCGAACCCUCGAUAACUCGAACUCCCGCUAACUCGAACCAAUUUUCGUUUCCCCUCAGGUCGUUCUCUAUAUAAUUUUACCCUCGAUAACUCGAACAAUGUUUUGAGCCCUUAAAAAGUCGGGAAAAAAGCCGUCUACUGGCGUCCGAAACAUUGAAUUUUGGAUUUCCUAUUGACGUGUUGUAUGAGUAUAGUUUACUAGUGGAGGCUGAUGUUGAUUGCCACAGGCUAACGUGAAGCAGCUUUACUUCUCAAAACUGUAAAACGCAUGCUCUAUUUAGGUUAUGUUUUGUUACGUUACGUUCUGAUUUAUAAUCUAGAAGUAUCUUUUAAUUUUCACUUGACAUUUCUACAAUUAAAUGUGAUUAAAUGUUCACUGUGCAGUAAAAACUGUUUUUUACCUUACUCUCGGCUAUUUUCUUCGAGAUCCCGAUAACUCAAACUCCCGAUAACUCGAACUUUUUUCGAUUUCCCUUGAAGGUUCGAGUUAUCGGGAGUCGACUGUAAUUCUUAUCACUCUAUUUUCAAGUUAUUAAAAUACGUCUCUGUACAUGAAAAGAUCGUAGCAAUGAUACCGCUGAGUGGGUAAUCUCUGCAAAUUUGACCCGAUAUCACCGAAGUAUCUAAGACAACUUAAAAGAAAUCGAAAUUUAACGAAGAAUGUGUGACACCCAGCAAUUUUUGAGGAAUUUUGUUGUUGCUAUUUCGCUAGAUAUUUCUGACAAUGAGCUAAAAUAGCACAAAUAUCUUGAGUUAACGCGUUGCACGCUUACAACGUGAAACUUCCUAUUUUCACGUAUUGUGGAGGACGUAAACACAAAACAGCGGGGGAGGAGGGGAUCACAAACACAGGAUGAUAAACAGGUUAAAAUAAGGCACAGUGUCUCAAGUAUUUUCGCAACUGGUUGUAGCUUUGUCAUAAUAUAUCGUUUUUCAAUUAUGGAAACAAUGACAGCUCGCGCGUAUUAGAUCGAGAAAUUCUAUUUUAGAUUGUGACGUAAGUCAAGUAGAAGUUGCAUAAAUGAAAGUGUUGAUAACCUAUAUCCCUCACUCUGAGGAACAUUUUCAGUUAUUUUGUACAAAUUAACUAUCACCAAGGUGUGCUUUCUGCUAACGCACUCCUUAAAAGGACAGCAGGACUUAGUCACUUCGAUGGAUUGUCGAUAGGGACAGCAUGUUGUAUUAUCCAUGCCUUUCACUGAAAUGUUUUCCUAGGAAGAGGAAUGUGGCGAAAAAACUGGCUAUUUUAUAAGGUUGAGUAUUAUCUGUAAUUCAUGGUGUUCUUGUGGAAACAGUCAGCAACAAUAUCACAUGCUGCAAUACUUGCAUUUAAUUUAUUAUGGCGUCAAGUCAUAAAAGGAAGUCUUGAAAGUUGAUGUUGAAGCCGUCCGCCAGUUGACUUCGUCCAUCCAGUUUCUGUCAAAAGGUACUGCUAUCAAUCAUUCAUUGGACGAAAAAAAACUCUUUUUUUGGAUAAUCUUUUCAGACAUUCUCAAAGCUAACUUGCUUCAAAAACCAGAAAUUAAUUACAAACAGGAAUAAUAGACCAUUCGAGAGUAACCUGAAACCGGCAUCGACGAAGGAGACUUAAGCCUCUUUUGACGAAGAAAAGUUUUCCCGGGAGAGACGGGAAAGACUUAAGCAAAUGUUUAUAAUGAAAAAGACCCCUUUGCCCGAGCCAACGGCGCUCACGCAUGCUCUGAUUGUCUCGCCUUGACCGAGUUGACCCGGCUGGGCAAGCCAUGGUGUUUAUAUGGAGGAAAGUUGGCGCGGCUAGGAGCAGGGUGAACAGGCUAGGCGGGUAACCCGUCCAGCCGAGCCAACUUCUUGUUUCUCAUGUGAACGGUUCGCCACGUUUUAUAAGGAAACGUAUAACAAGUUUGCUUGCCCAGGGUAUCUCGAGUAAGCCACUGAACCUUCUACCCUGGACAACUUUUCUCCCUAUAAACGGGACCUUAAGUUCUUUCCCCCCGGUAAGCAUGCAUGGUAUAGCAAUGAAUAAAUCAAUGUGGUUGUGCUAGGAAUAACUAUCAGUCCUCAAUGAUUCGGGGAAAGUAAAAAAAAAAAAAAAACACCCCACGCAAUCGAAGCCCUUUGUUUGGUCUCCAAAAUUAGUUUUAAAACAGGUGGAUUUUACAUUUGACUGUCUGACAAACAGGUACUCAUUGUUUUACCCUUUAAACCGGCAUAAAUUCUGCUCCAGAAUUUACAAAAAGGCCUUGAAAUUGAUAGCAUCGAGACCUUUAUUUUUUGUAUGUAAUUACGGAAAUAUGAAUGUGCUGCAAAUAGAACUUCCUCACCGAAGAGUGAAUCAAAGCGAAAAAAACUACCUAUUAGUCAGUGAUUGGCUAAAACUGGUAUUGAAGAAAUAGUUUAUCUGAGAGCAUCUGCAACUCGGGCAUAAACAUUGGUUAGUUUUUGUUAAAUUUGUUGCUUUUUCAGAUAACUCUACUGCUUUUAGGCAUAAAUGACUUGUAAAUAAGUGUGUUUCUGAAAUAUCGUAUGUAAAUAGUGAAAAUUUUAUGUUUGAUUUGCUAAAAUUUACAUAUCUCUUUGUCUUACUAUAGAUCGCCUUGAACGUUUAAAAAUUGUGCGAGAGGAAUGAGUUGGAAAAAUACGUUCAGGACUACCUAAUACAUCCUUACCGAUGAUCUAAAUGAUCUAAGCUUGGGUGAAAAAAAAGGGUUGGAACGCGUUUUUAAAGAGGAAUCUCCGUUGAAGUUUCUUCGCUAAGAAACGCAAACCUUAAACGCCCACAGAUGGCAGAUGGAUCAAAAGAACACAACGAGGAAACGACAGAAAUGGCUGAUCUAUUCCCGGAAGAAACAGAAAACAACCGAGAGAAAGAAAAGCCAAUAACGAUCGUUUCUUUUUUCGUUUUUGGUUUUCUGAUUUAUGCGAUUUAUUCGCUGAUCAUAUCUGGCGCUCAAGAUAUUCUAGCUGGCACGGUUGUUCCCACAUCCGCUGUAUUAGUCGCGAAUGUUGGCCCAUAUUUCGUCGUAACAUCUGUAGCGCCGUACUUCAUCCAAAAAAUCUCUUAUUUUCCUCGUAUAUUGGCAAUUUUUUGUCUAGAGGUCACCGGACUAAUCAUGGUUGUUGCUUCCAAGCAAGUUGGCGCGAGAUUAUUCGGAAUAUCCCUGUCUUCAUUUGGUUUUGGCUUGGGAGAGUUAUCGUUUAUUGCCAUGACUUCCUUCUAUCAUGACGCCGCUGUCAGCGCCUUUUCGGCUGGUACCGGGGCCGGUAUUUCUUUAGCGCCAUUGUAUUACACAGGUAUCUUAUUUUAUGAAACUUUCUAAUUUAAUUUCAAAUGUUUUUGUCAUUCGUAUCGCAUUUGCAUCUAGUCUUUUACAAAAUCGGCGUUCCCUCGCCAGAGAUUCGUGAAUCAGUAUGUUCAAGUUUCAUGACCUUAGUACGGCUGAUUGAACCUUUCGAUUCCCAAAGAAGUUAAUUUUUUGCUUUUAUAUUUGGAUUUCAGUGGCUAACUCUUUGCUUCGCAAAGUUUCCAUUGCUGAAAGCAAUUUGAGUAUCUGCAAAGUGAGGUUUUGUCGUGUCGAACAUCAUUACUUAGCUAAAUAGACAAAGAAAGUAAAAUUAAUUUUCAAGACACAGCUGCCUACAAUUCAAGCUAAUGAUAUUCAUGAAAUGGGAAUAUUGGGCCAGUUUCAAGAUAGUUAAUUAAAGUAAAUUUCACAUUUUUCUUUCGUAAAAUUCGCUAUCUCCCUUAUUCUAUGACUAGAGAGGAAUAUUUUGAUGGUAAAUUAUCAUUUUAGGUUAAAUUCUAAGUCAAGAGAACCUGGACUGGCGACUAUUCGUGAAGUCAGUCCUGUGUUUGGCUUUAAUUUGCGUUUAAGGAGUAUCUUUUUCUAGCUAAAAUGCCGAAACGAGCAUGACCCGGAAUUUUCUUUAACUGUUAUGACUUUGUGGCGGUCCGUAAACAAAACUUAAAUUUGACUAAUCGAUUCCUUUUUAAUCCACAGCCAUGACAACUUGGGCAUGUCUGUCUCCAUCUCUUACUAUCUCAAUCAUGGCGGCCAGUUUGAUUUUCUUGCUGAUUUUCUAUGGCUUAAUGGAGAGAAAACACUCACAAUGCGAACAAAAGACCACAACAGGAAUUACGCGGAAGGAAAUUCAAUAUUCACCUAUAGACGAGCAGACCACAGAACGUAAAGAUAAUCAUUUGACAUGGGACGACAAAUUACUGGCUAUCAAAGGAGUUUGCCCAAUCAUUGCUUCUAUAAUCAGUGCAUGGAUCGCAGAAUACUUGAUCAUCCAAUCCGUGAUCACAACUAUAGCGUUUCCGAGUGCACCAUUUCCACCCCGAGAUCACUACCAGUAUUAUAUAUUCGUUUUUCUUUUCGGUGAACUGUUCGGUAGAUCGUAUCUGAUCGUGGCAUCGUAUUUGACGCCAGGCGUUGCUCCGAAGCUUAUUUUCCGGAGAAUAUGGUUCCUUGCCGCGGCUGAAAUUUCUAUUUUAGUUUUCUUUUUAAGCGCGGCAUGGUUCCGCUUUUUGAGUGAUGUUUCAAUAGUUUUAAUUCUUGCCUUCAUUGGUGGCAUAAUAAUUGGUGUCAUGUAUGUCAACAUGUUGGCAAUUUACUCCGAAAUUGAGGAUCCUACUUCCAGAGAAUUUGUGUUAGGUUAUGCAUCUGCUGCGACUGGCGCUGGGGCGGUUACUGCUGGCUUAUUAGGACUGCUGGUCGAGCCUUGGCUGCGCCGUCACUGUUUAAGUGUGGUAACCAAUAGCAACUUCUGUUUCACUCGAUCCCAGGGUGGACGAGUUUGUAGAUGAAUUAGUCAUUAACUAUAAACAAGGACAAAAGGAGGUCUGUAAUUUGUACAGAUCUUGACUUUCUCAGUGUAACUAUAUACAAUAAACUAUCAUAAUUAAUGGUUAGAUAUAUCGAUUCCCCUAGAGGAUGAAGAUGUCUGAAGGAGUUAAAGGCAGUGGGUUUAAGGUGCGAUUGUUUUUGAAAGUGUGAUUGAUUGUCAAUAACGGGUUAAAUUUUCCAUUCAGUUCCAUUUCCGUUGUUCCUUCGUUCGACUCUCUUUGCCGAAGGUAUAACCAAAAAAUCAUUUUUAAAGUUGAAAAUUACACCCAGGUCGUAAACUACUUGUGUGUAAAUAUCGGAUAAAUAACCGGCGAACCCCACCUAAAUUAGUUUCAAUAUAUUGCCGGAUUAGCUUUGCUGAUGGCAAUUAAAUUAGUUAAAGUUAAAUAAAUAAGGAAAUUUAUAGCAACGGGAACGACGAUGUCGUCGAAAACUUCGCUAAUAAUAAAAUCCUUCUUUACCGUUAUUUCAAUCUAAACAGAAUAUUUUUAGAUACUAGGAGUUGAACUGAAAAAAUAAGGUGUGAAAUGAUUGAAGGCUUACACGAGGCAAUACCUCGGGGUGAGGAAACAAACUUUAAGGUGGCUGAACACCGUUUGAUUAGGUUGUGGAUCGUUAACAUUCAUUGGGGCGUUAUUUAAGACUCGUUGCAUGUGUAAAGCUCAAAUUUUUGCAGGAAAAAUAUGUUUGUGAGACAUGACAUUUAUAACUUUAAAAGUGGGAUUUGGAUCGUUGUCAUGGCAACAUGGCUGUUUGAAAACAAUCCUUAAAUUUUGAACUUAUUAGCUUCAUUCAAAAUCCUGUCAUUAGAUUUUCUCAUAAAUUUUUACACAGCAAACAAUUAGUGACCCUCAUCUUUUUAAAACAACUUAUUACCAAAAUGCAACAAACAGUUUUUGAAGUUUUUUUAAGAAAUUGGCUUUCUUGAGAAACUUGAUUGUUUCACAAAACUCCUUUGUUCAAACUAUCUUUUGACGCUUUCAUUGACUGAAAUACAACAUGAACAGGAUUUCUGCAAAAUUUCGUCCUCUGUUAAUGAGUAGAUUUUGAGAUAUUGUCGUUUGUUUACAUUUCCUAUUAAAGUCAACGAAACAAGUGCUCUCACAUUUCUCCCUAAUUAAGUACGCUUACCCGUCCAUGAAAAUUGUCGCAUGUGCGGAGUGAAUUGUGAAUUCAAAGCAGUUCAUACGACAGUUAUAACCGACAGCGCUAAGCGCGUCAAAUUUGUUGUUUGCGGGCCAACAACGUCGAGAUGGAAACAACUCUGAUCAGCAAGAUGUAGAACUAAAAAUAUUUAUAUAUUUUAAAAACCAGUUAAUUCAUUGGCAGUUUUAACUCAAGUAGACAAACAAACAAACUAUCGAAUGUAACGACUGUUUGUUUCGUUUAACAGCUUCUAUAUCCUUGUUUGUCUGUAGAAAUUCCCAUGAUUCAUAUCGGUCCUUGUACAUGGACCCUCCUUGUUUUGUCCGGACUGGUGGACAACUGCCACCUGCUCAAAUUGUCAUUGUUGUUAUUUUCUUUGACGAAAACGUCAAUUAUCAUCGGAAGACUAAAAAAUAUAACGUAAUUUGUCAACUGCAUUCAUAUCUCUCAGUUUGCUCGGAAAUCAUUGGAAUUAAAACCAACAUAUUUGACCCGUGGAUCAUUUCAAAGGAGGCACAAAUUCUCAUCUUGGAUUUGCGGAUUAAGGAUCUUCUCUCGUGAAGAUGGUGGCAUAAGUGAGCCCUUGUUUUAUUAGUAAGUCUUUCUUGUGGCCACCAGGAUGUAUAACGUAAGCGACCGGAAUGUGAUUCUGGACAAUCAAAAUCAGUUUACUAAAAAUUGGCUGCCAUGACGUGAGCCGAGCGUUUUUCCUUAAGAAAUAUCGUCUUUUUUGGUGAAAUAUACGUGGAAUUUGGCUACGAUUUUGAACAUUAUUUAAGUUUAUAGACUCGAAUCAUCGAUCAAAGGAAGGGAGAGCAAUUAUAUUAACAUCUUGGUGCAAUCUACAACAGACGGCAGGUCAAAAUGGAGACUGACUCUUCAGAGAAAGUCGAAGGGACGGAAGAUAAGCAAAACGACAAAGAAAUAUUAAGCCACGAAGAACAGGAGAGUGAGGGUAAUGGAACUCAAAAACCGAAAAAGGAACAAGUUAAGAAUCUCUUAGCUUUUUAUGCCUUCGGAGCGCUAAUUUAUACGGUUUAUUCGGUAAUAAUUUCAGGAGCGCAGGACAUAUUGGCUGGAACUUUUAUUCCUACCGCUGCCGUUUUGGUGACAAACGUUGGUCCUUACUUUCUAGUGACGAUGAUUGCGCCCUAUUUUAUACACAAAGUGCCUUAUGUUGUGCGAAUAGUGGCAGUUUAUGCAUUUUUUACAGCAGGUCUGUUUAUAAUUGUCUACGCCAAGGAGGUCUACCUUAAGCUAGUGGGAAUCUGUACAACAUCCCUAGGGGCCGGAAUUGGGGAAGUGUCGUUUUUUACCCUUACGGCUUAUUAUGAAAAAGUAACGGUUGCCGCAUAUUCGGCUGGUACUGGCUCGGGAUUUAUACUGGGACCUUUGUAUUACACAGGUAAGGCACUUAUGUGACAUUUUUUUUGCUCUUUUGACCAUAAUUUCUCCAGUUUUGGUCGCCAGGCAAACGAUAUUUUUCCCUCCGUGUGGGCAGAGUCCACCAUUUGCAACGAGGUCUGCCAUUGGCUUUAAAAAACCAUAGGCAAAGGAUCCAAACUGCACCCCUAAUCUUAAGAUCAAUAGGUGGUACCCCAGGGGGCUGGGGAUGGUGCAGGUUGUACCGAAGAAUAAUAAAAAUAGAGAUGUAUGACAACUACGAGCAUACCAAACGUUAACCACAGUCCGCAAUCUUGGAGGACAUUUGCAUUUUCCAGCCAGGCCAAUUCAACAAAACGGAUUGCUGUCUCUUGUAUAUCUUCUUUACGGAAGUUUUGCGGGGUAAAGAAGUGGCAUUGUGGGCAAUUAAAGCAGCUGUAGCAUUUCUUAAAGUCCGUUUUUGGAGUACUGUCAUUCAUCGUCUUGACUUGCGAGCUAGAGAGGGGUGGGGGUGGAGGGGUUUUAAGGACGCUUGCCAAAUGUCAGAAAGAACUGGUGACCAAGCCAGUAGUACAUAGAAAUAAGCUAAUUUGACUGGGCAGUUCUGCCAGGAAUAAUAGUAGAAUUCUCUUUACGAAUGGACUACUCCUGACAAGAGAUAACGCACUUGAACAGUAAGCGCACAAAGACAGCCUACGUCGUGUAAUGCACAAGCCCUGGAUGUCUAUCGAAAAGCGAGUAGGAUAUUUAUUGCAUCAUUUUUAAACCUUUUAACAUUAUUCGUCUGCACUGGUUAAUUUAGGUUUAGUUUUUCCGAUGAAUAACCUGUACUGUGAGUCGGGGUGAAUUGACUCAGUUUGCUGGUAUAGAGUACGCGGAAAAUUGGCAUUAGGUCCUAGUAGUCCGGAACGCAACCCUCUACUGAAAAGACCGUCUUCCUCUUAUUUUUUCACAGGUCUAACAACAUGGAGCUGCGUGUCACCAAAUAAUACUAUGAUGAUUAUAGCUGGAUCUCCUCUUCUUUACCUCAUAUGUUAUGCAAUCAUGGACAAAAAACAUUCUCCAAAGACUGCGGAAUUAGAUUCCCAGUCUGACGAGACUAAAGACAAAACAGAUUUAAAAUGGAAAGAAAGAAUUUCGGCCGUUGGGCAGACGCUUCCGUUAGUAAUAUCUCUGUUUAUCUGCUACAUUUCCGAGUAUGUGAUAAUUCAAGCCGUGAUUACAACAAUGGCUUUUCCAAGCGCUCCAUUCCCCCCGCGUGUUCACUACAGAUAUUAUAUUUUCAUAUUCCUGAGUGGUGAGUUUAUCGCUAGGUCGUAUCUGGCUGUCAUUGCGUCGGUCAAGCCAAGCCUUGUCAAUGUCUUCGCUAUUCGGAAAAUAUGGGUUUUGUCUUUGCUCCUGUUUGGUCAACUAGUAUUUUUCUUUUUAGCCGCAUGGUACAGAUUCUUACAUGACGUCUGGAUCGUUUUCAUUUUAAUCUUUGCCGCUGGGCUAGAAGCAGGCGCGGCUUUCACUAAUGCGUUCGUGGUAGUUUCGGAGACUGAUGCUCGCAUCAAAGAAUUUGCUAUGGGUUUUGCGACCAUCGGAAUGGGGGGUGGGACAUUCUUUGCAGGAGUGGUGGGACUUCUCGUAGAGCCACUAAUUCGGGAUCACUGUCUCUUGGUAUCUGAAGUCGGUGAUUAUUGCUUCACAAGACCUUUUGGUCGAUGGAAUCAAACAAUGACCUGCUGA